GCAUCCUAUCGAUAGCCAAAGCCCUGCCCGAGUCCGCCAGGAACAACUCCAUAGUGCCAUAAGAAUUGUGAGACGACUGCAUCCCUGAGGAUCAAGUGUGGAUGGCAGUUGUGCGUUGUGAGUUCUGAUAGCGCUCGAGGUUGAUCACACAGACCAAGUUCUUGAUUGAACUCGACGGAUUCAGCGAAUGGGAGACCGACAGAUAAUGGAUGAAAUCAUGGAGGAUGCGGCUGGCGUUUCUGGCAUUCAACAGGGCGGACAACCCGAAGGCGCCACUCAUGCUGCUACUCUGCGCUUCGCUCCAACCACCGAGGAGCUGGAUGACCAUGACCUCCUCACAGAGGCACCUCCCAGCCAGGACAUCAAGGGAGCAUCGGAAUACCCAGACAGCAGAAUCAGCCCCCAAAUGUCGAGGUCGUCAAAAUCCAUCCGUCUAGAGCCGCCGCCGGUGGUGAUGAGGCCACCCAAGGUCAGGUUUGACGGUUUCAGCUCAGCGGCUUUGUCGUGGUUUGCAUGGAACCGCAACGAGGAGAAAGAUCUCCCCGACUGUGCAAGAUCCAUGCGUCGGUCCUACUCGUACCGAUCGACUUUCCGCCUUUUCGGGUUCAGUGUGUCGAAGGAUGUCAGCUACAAAACGUCGGAGAGCGGGAUCGUUGCCGCGAUGCAGAAUGUUCGCCUGGGCUGGGGGAAGUCGGAGACCAAUUGGGUACGCGACAAGCUUCCACAAGCACGGCAGAGAUUUGGUCUUUCCGGUAGCGGGCAGGGAGAAUCCCCGGAUGAAGAGGCGCAGGACGCCGCCAGCCAAGAUCAGAGCAGUACCACGGCGGCGGUAGAAGGUCAGAAGGCUUCGAAAGAGCCCAAACACACGAUCCCUCGCAUCGCACACCCGUGGCACCUUGACUACUAUUAUGUGGUCGUCGGCAUCAUGGGCGACGAGAUCGCGCCCAAGGAGACCCUCCGCCGUGUCAUGGAGAUCGACGGACUGUUCCAGCAGAUACGCAAAGCGCACAGAUACCUGCGCAAUCCCGUUCGAAGGGCGAUGUCGCUCAAAGAAGUCUCUGGCUUCGGCAUCUACCAGUGCGAUCCCAGCAAAGGCUACCACCGAGAGGUGGAAUUGGACAGCGAAACGGAGAGCGCGCUCGCAGAACUCUGGCGGAGUUACAACACCCACAAGCUCGACUACGAGGGUCGCUGGCUGCUCUGGAUCCACCAGCAUUUCAACAACAGCUCCAAGAACCCGGAGGCGGGCACACUGACCCUGGAGCUGCGACUUCGGUGGUCCGUCUUCAAGGUCGUCUUCUGGGGUGUCGUGCCCAUCCUGCUGAGCUUGGCUGUGGGCUUUUCGUACAUGUACUCGGACCACGGAGAGGUUGAUGACGUCGCAGUCGCAGAGGCCGCGUGGGUUAUUGCAACUUAUAUCAUCACAACGUCGGCGCUGAUCUUUGCACUGUUGGCCGUUAUCACACAGCUUGGAGAUAUUUGAACUGCCUUCCUGUGACCUCUGCGUCAUUCGCUAGAGCACAGUAUGGUCUAGAACAGAUCCCUUCGUUGUUGGGGGCUGGCUAUCACCUUCCCCGCUGCCACCAUGCACAGACGCAGCCG